AAAAACGGAUUUACCUAACUCAGUAGAGACCAAAGGAAUUUCCAGAGUUACGUUAGCUAUCCUUGAGACGGGGUGCGGUCACUCGUAUGUUUGAAGUUAAUGAUGUUUAGGGACAGUGGGAUUUUUUUGUAAAAGGUCUUUAUAAAUUAAAACAUAGCAAUGUAUCAACCUACAUGACAUCGUAGAGGGCCAAGCAACUUUCUGGAUGAGAAUGCAGUGAUGAGUACUACAAUUGUCGAACGUGGUAAAACCACCUAUGGAGAAAAUGAAUGGCGUUUUUGGAUAAACGAUGAAGGUCGCAACCAUGACCUCUGUACUGUCGUCGACGCAUAGCCUGAUGCUGAUGUUUGAUGGGAAGAUUCAGGAGUUCGCCAACGAAAUAGAUAAUGUCCACAUGGUGUGGCUCGAGGAGAUCCAGCAGGAAGCCAACCGCAUGUUCUCAAGUGACUUCAGUGCGGAGCCAGAACUGAUGCCAAAGACUCCGUCGCAGAAGAAGAGCACCCGUAGGAAGCGUCUAUCCGUGGGUCAGAAUGAGAACCGCACCAAGAGACGCUUCUCAAAGGGCAAACGCAGCAACCUGCGUCACUCCUCUGUGUCCGCCUCCCUGAACCUGAUAGCAGAGGAUGAUGUAAGAUCUCCGGUCACACUGGAAGAGAUAGUCAAGCCCCCUCGUUCCCGCAGAGCCAAACAGACUACCCAGCCUGAGGCUGCACCACCCGUAUGCAGCACCCGCAAUGGAGCUGCUCAGACCACCAACUCUCAGCAGGAGCCAAAGGAGAUGGAGUAUGAGGCUUCUAGCAAACACAUCCAGGAGGAGAGGAUGCAGCCAGAGGAAGCUGAGAGCGAGAGGGAGUCGUCCAGCUCUGUCACCUCCCAGCCCCCCUGUCUAACACCCCCUCCGACCCAGAGUCACAUGGCUGAAGCCAUAGUCAAGAUCACGGCCUCGGAGCGACGUUCUGCAGAGCUCCUGAUGAACCCCGACCCAGAGCGCUCUCCAAGCCGCACCGCCACUAAGAUAGCCAUCGCUGCCGGCACCACGCCCACGGGUUCCAGGCGGAGCUUCGCGAGACAUUCCCUGACCGUGCGGCGCUCCCUGGCAGGGCUGAGACACAGCAUGACCCAGGAGUCUGUGCGCAGAGCCUCCAGGAGGUCCUUCCUGAAGAAGAAGGCUCGGCUGGGCAGCUCCACCUGCAGCAGUAACGUCAGCGUUGAAGAUGGAUGGACGGAAACGGAUGGACAUGGAGUCCAGGUGCAGACUGAUGGGGUGUUGUCAGAGGAGCCUGCAAAGACUGAGACUGACAGCCCAGCUCCUGAGACUUCUCCUGAGGAUGACGCGGAGCAGAACCACCCGGGUGUUCUCCGUGUUACGGAGGUUCGCCGUUUCACUCGCUCCAUGGCCCAGACCACUCCCACCGUGCCGCCACUAGACUCGAUCGUCAGCAAAACCAAGACCGCCACACCGGACUCUGGAUCAGAUGGCAGUGGUCAGAAGCCAUCAUCAGGUCUGGGUCCUCGUCUCAGUGCCAAGCGCAGAGCAGCUGCCGACGAAUUCCAGAGCCCGAGGAAGAAGCCAUCACCCCCCGUUAAGAGCCAGACUGUGAGGCCCAACAUGAGGUCGUUCCUCCACACGGUCCAGAAGAACCAGAUGCUGAUGAUGACCCCGAGCUCUCUGGGUCGCAACACGGUCAUGAAGUCCUUCAUUAAACACACCACGCCGGGCAGAGCCGACCUCAAGUCAGGCUGUGGUGUAGUGGAAAGAGAACGCCUGAAACUGGAAGCACUAAAGAAGAAGCAGGAGCAAGAAGAAGAGAGGAAGAAGAAGAUGGAGGAAGAGAAGAGGAGGAAACAGGAAGAGAUGAAGAAGAAGAGGGAUGAGCGACUGCGGAGGGUAGUGGAGGCCCGGGUGAAGGAAGAACAGAAAGAGGAGGAGAAGAAGAAAAAGAUUGAGCAGAAGAUGCUUCAGAUUGACGAGAAACACGACAAGCUGCGAGUGGAGCGCAUGGCAGAGGAGAAAGCCAAAAAGAAGGUGGCCACCAAACGCCAGGAGGAGCUGGAACUGAGGAGGAAGAUGGAGGAGGAUACCAGAAGGAAGAAGAUUCAACAGUCUGAGGAGGAGGAGAAGCGUCAGCAGGAGCUGCAGGCGAAGAGGAGAGCCGAAGAAGAGCAGGAGAGGGCUCGUAAGAUGACCGAGGCCCGACGAGCACUGGAGCUGAAGAAAGAACUAGAGAGAGAACUGGAGAGGGAGAGACAAGCAUCUGCCGAGAGGGAGCGGGUAGAGAGAGAGAAGGCCAUUGGUCUUCAGAGAGAAGUGGAGAGAGCUGCCCGGGAGAAGGAGAAGAGAGAGUUGGAGAAGAGGAAGAGGGAGGAGCAACAGAGGCAGGCUGAGGAGGAGCGACAGCGAGAAGCCGAGAGACUCGCUGAGCGACAGCGAGAAGCCGAGAGACUCGCUGAGCGACAGCGAGAAGCCGAGAGACUCGCUGAGCGACAGCGAGAAGCCGAGAGACUCGCUGAGCGACAGCGAGAAGCCGCCAAGAGCCACCUGACUGCUGAAGUUCAGCCCGUGGUGUUGAAGACGCCUGCAGGGAAGGGAGGAGUCCUCAACGUCACUGUGGAUAUCGAGCAGUCUCCCCAGUCAUAUGAGAUCACUCCUAAGGGGGGCAACAAGCCUGUUGUUCUCAACACCAACCCCGAGGACUAUGGGAUGGAUCAGAACAGUGACGACUCUACUGAUGACGAAUCCGCACCGAGGAAACCCAUCCCCACAUGGGCUGAGGGCAACCAGCUGAAGCAGUCUAUGAUGAAGCAAUAUUUCCACCCGGCUGACGUGGACUCUCACUACGGGGCGAUUGAACCCCCAAAGCUGGAUCGCAUCUUCUGCAAGAGUAAACCUCGCUACUUUAAACGUACCAGCUCUGCUGUCUGGCACUCGCCACCUCGAAUGGGAGCUCUACCCCUUUAAACACUGGGAACUGGGAUAAAAUUGUUUUAUUUUUCAUUUUGGUUAUGUUCAUUCUUUCAUGUAUUAUAUUAAGAAAUCCUAGCUGGAGGACACUUGAAAAGAAGUUCAGUAAGUGUAAGCAAUAUAGGUAACUUUCUUUUUUCUUUUAUUCUUUUAAAUAAUAAAUCUUGUAUAAAUGUUUUAAUUUCUUCUGAAUAAAAUGGAUAAUAACAAGUCCACAA